AUGGUCGCUGUAGCUGUCACCCGGCCGGGGUUCUCAGGCAUGGGAGGCCUCUGGAACUGUGUCGUGCCCUGAACAGCCAAGAGAAGCUAGUUUGCAAUGAAUCUUUCGCGCCGGAAUGGGAAACGGCGGCGUUCAUCGUCCGGCUCCGACUGGUUCUCGGGAGACGGUGAAAGCUGUGCCAGCCCUGAGCUCCCGUCUAGGCCGGUGCUGAGUCCGCCUCCGGGCCUGGGACGCGGCCCUAGGGCCGCAGGGGCAGGAACAUGCAAGCAAAGAGUUUCUGGUGAACAGAUAGACCAGCUGCUCCUGGCGAACUGGGGACUCCCCGAAGCAGUUCUGGAGAAAUACCAUAGUUUUGGUGUAAAAAAGAUGUUCGAAUGGCAGGCAGAGUGCCUUUUGCUUGGACAAGUCCUGGAAGGAAAAAAUCUAGUUUAUUCAGCUCCUACAAGUGCCGGGAAGACUCUUGUUGCAGAAUUACUUAUUUUGAAGCGGGUUUUGGAAAUGAGGAAGAAAGCUUUGUUUAUUCUGCCCUUUGUGUCUGUGGCUAAAGAGAAGAAACACUACCUCCAGAGUCUGUUUCAGGAAGUAGGAAUAAAGGUAGAUGGCUAUAUGGGGAGCACCUCACCAGCUGGACGUUUCUCCUCCCUGGACAUUGCUGUUUGCACUAUCGAGAGAGCCAAUGGGCUGGUCAAUCGCCUCAUUGAGGAGAACAAGAUGGAUCUGUUAGGAAUGGUGGUUGUGGAUGAGCUACACAUGCUGGGGGACUCUCACCGAGGGUAUCUUCUGGAACUUUUGCUGACCAAGAUUUGCUAUGUUACUCGGAAAUCAGCAUCGUGUCAGGCAGAUUCAGCCAGUGCUCUGUCUAAUGCAGUGCAGAUCGUUGGCAUGAGUGCUACACUUCCUAACUUGCAGCUUGUGGCUUCCUGGUUGAAUGCUGAGCUUUACCAUACUGACUUUCGCCCUGUACCACUCUUGGAAUCAAUAAAAAUAGGAAAUUCCAUAUAUGAUUCUUCAAUGACGCUUGUGAGAGAAUUUGAACCCCUGCUCCGAGUGAAGGGAGAUGAAGACCACAUUGUUAGUUUAUGUUAUGAGACUGUUCGUGAUAACCAUUCAGUAUUACUCUUUUGUCCGUCAAAAAAAUGGUGUGAGAAGGUAGCAGAUAGCAUUGCCCGAGAGUUUUAUAAUCUGCACCAUCAACCCAAGGGAUUAGUAAAGUCAUCUGAAUUUCCACCAGUGAUUCUAGAGCACGAGAGCCUUCUGGAUGUAAUGGAUCAGCUAAAACGCUCCCCUUCAGGACUAGACUCUGUGCUGAAGAACACUGUGCCCUGGGGAGUCGCAUUUCAUCACGCAGGUCUUACUUUUGAGGAGAGGGAUAUCAUCGAAGGAGCCUUCCGUCAAGGUCUUAUUCGGGUCUUGGCUGCAACCUCUACUCUUUCUUCUGGCGUGAAUCUUCCUGCACGUCGGGUGAUUGUUCGCACUCCAGUUUUUGGUGGCCAGCCUUUAGAUAUCCUCACUUAUAAGCAGAUGGUUGGUCGUGCUGGCAGGAAAGGAGUAGACACAAUGGGUGAAAGUAUCCUAGUUUGUAAGAACUCUGAGAAAUCCAAGGGCAUCGCUCUGCUUCGAGGAUCUCUGGAGCCCGUGCGCAGCUGCUUGCAGAGGCGGGGAGAAGUCACAGCUAGCAUGAUACGAGCUAUUCUGGAGAUAAUUGUUGGUGGAGUGGCAAGUACAUCACAAGAUAUGCAGACGUAUGCCGCCUGCACGUUCUUGGCUGCUGGUGUAAAGGAGGGGAAGCAAGGAAUUCAGAGAAAUGAAGACGAUGUUCAUCUUGGGGCAAUUGAUGCCUGUGUGACGUGGCUGUUAGAAAAUGAGUUCAUCCAGGUGGCAGAGCCCAGUGACGGUGCAGGAGGAAAGGUGUACCAGCCAACACAUCUUGGGUCAGCUACUCUUUCUUCUUCGCUUUCCCCAGCUGAUACCCUAGAUAUUUUUGCUGACCUCCAAAGAGCAAUGAAAGGCUUUGUUUUAGAGAAUGACCUUCACAUCGUCUACCUGGUUACACCUGUGUUUGAAGAUUGGAUUGGUAUUGACUGGUAUCGAUUUUUCUGUUUAUGGGAAAAAUUACCAGCUUCUAUGAAAAGAGUGGCAGAACUGGUUGGAGUGGAGGAAGGGUUUUUGGCUCGAUGUGUGAAAGGAAAAGUAGUAGCCAGAACUGAGAGGCAGCAUCGGCAAAUGGCCAUCCAUAAAAGGUUUUUCACAAGCCUCGUGUUACUGGAUUUAAUCAGUGAAAUUCCCUUAAAGGAAAUUAAUCAGAAGUAUGGAUGUAAUCGUGGACAGAUUCAGUCUUUGCAGCAGUCAGCCGCUGUGUAUGCAGGAAUGAUCACAGUGUUUUCCAACCGCCUGGGCUGGCACAACAUGGAACUACUACUCUCCCAGUUUCAGAAGCGUCUUACGUUUGGCAUCCAGAGGGAGCUGUGCGACCUGAUCCGGGUGUCCUUGCUCAACGCCCAGAGAGCCAGGUGCCUGUACGCCUCUGGCUUUCUCACCGUGGCCGACCUUGCCCGAGCUGACGCUGUGGAGGUGGAGGCAGUUCUGAAGAAUGCCCUGCCUUUCAAAAGUGCCCGGAAGGCAGUGGAUGAGGAAGAGGAAGCAGCUGAAGAACGUCGGAACAUGCGAACUAUUUGGGUGACUGGUACAAAGGGUGUAUCUGCGAGGGAGGCAGCUGCCUUAAUAGUGGAGGAAGCCAAGUCUAUUCUGCAGCAGGACUUAAUGGAAAUGGGAGUACAGUGGGAUCCACACUCACCCUUGAGUUCCAGCACGCAUUCACUGGUCAGUUGUGAGUCAGAAGUAAAGGAACGCACACUUACACCCAAAAAUAAGAGUUCCCAUAAAGGGUUGACAUUGAAGAGCAGAAGUAGUCUGGGAGCAAGUGGCUUAGAUGACUGCAGAGAGCAGGCAGACUCUCUCUGUGAGUCCCAGGGGGAUCUCGAGCACCAGACGCCCUCCAUUUGCAGAGCAAGAAAACGGACUAAUUUAGUAAUAAACAAAGAAAAGCUUCAGACAUCUCUGAAUGAAGGAAAACCAAACACUAAGGAAGUUCCACAAACUUUUUCCUUGAAGAAAAGAAAAACUGCUUCAAGUUUUAACUCAGGGCAGACGAACGGCAGCUUUCCAUCUUGGAGAGACAGAAAGUAUCGAAAAAAGUCUUGGGGCGGCAGCCUCAUGUGUAGCUCUGACAUGCAUAGAAAUGACCCACAAGGAGGGGCUGUCCCUAAAUCUGCUCUGUGUGGAGACCCAUUUUCCUCAGACAAGCAGAAUGUAGAAAUUAGAAGUCCAGGGCUCCCUACAAAAAAUGUAACUUUUUGUGCCAAGGAAAAAUGCAACAAAACCUCAUUCCCUUUACAAAUGCAGCAACCUUGCUUAAGAAAAAAAACAGAAAGCAACAGUGCUGUGGGACAUUCUGCUGCAGGAUCUCAGAGUGUACAUGUGGCUGGCCAGCCCCCUGGUGUGGCGGGAAGGGGCUCAGCUGGUACUGAGAUAGGAGAGAUAAGUGAGGUGCUCCUAGAGACUGAUGCAGAAAGCCAGCAUGUGCCGGCGCAGCUCCAUAGCCCCCAUCUAGUUAGCCAGUGCUGGGAAAAUGAAUGCGGCAAACAGACAAACACGUGCACCACACAGAAUGCUUUAACAGAGAGACAAGAAGUUAGUAGUUAUAAGGCCAGAGACUCAAAUGGCGUUGCACCUAUCAAGUGUGAAAGUAUAAAGCUUAAUAGCAAAGAAAAUGAAUUAAAUCCCUGUCGGGCAUUGGGAAGUCACAUAGGCAGAACUGAGGCACCUAGUGGAUUACUGCCAUCAACCGGAGAGCUUGAUCAAGCAGGAGGCUGGUGCGAGAAUCUUCUAAAUUCUUCUGGAGUAGAAGAAAAAACAGAUGCAUGUGCAACAAAGAAGACUGAGCAUAGUCAUGUUUCUAACCUGGCCCUCUGUGAUUUUGGAGAUAGCUUAUACCUGGAUACUCAGUCAGAGAAAAUAAUUGAACAGGUGGCAACUGAAAACGCCAAGCAAGGAGCAGAGGCAGAAGGGGUAAUGGAGAAGGGCGCUGACACUCGGAGCUCAGAGCGCUCUUUUCAGAACAAGGGUCACAGUACUCCAUGUGGACAGCAUCUCCCGGGAGCAGCUAGAACAGACCGUUUGGACAGUAAGAGUAUAGAGACUGUGAAACAAAGCCCUGAAAAGGGCACUGAUAGGCUAACUCCAGAAAGCCUCACUCUCCAUGCUCCAGCACCUCAGAGGGGAAAUGGCCCGUGCUUUAAGGAGAACGAGCAUUCUGUUACUGACUCCCAGUUAAACAGUUUUCUUCAAGGAUUUGAAACACAGGACACGGUAAAACCAGCCAUUCCUCCAGCUCCUCAAAUAAGAACUCCUCCUGGUGUGGAGGAAGAAAGUGUGCCUGAAACCAGUUUGAAUAUGAGUGACAGUAUACUAUUUGACAGUUUUGGGGAAGAUGGCUUAAUAGAAGGACAGUCACCUGAUGUAAAGGCAAAACAGCCCCUCUUUUCUGAGAUGACAGCGAAUCAUUUCAGUACUUCUCCCUGCCCACAAGAAGACCCUGAUAUGAAAGCAAACGUGAACAAGCAUCAAGGCGCUCAGCAGCCAGUGGCUUGGUCCACUGGAGACACCAUGUUCUUCUCAGAGCUGGACUCUGCUCACAUGAUUGAAGCCUUAGACAAUGUGGCUGCACUUCAUGUCGGAGGGACCUGUGAUUCAGUAACCCUUAAGACAUCAGGGCACAGCGAUUCCGCAGUGCUGACCAAUGAGUGUCCCCAAGGAGAAGUGGUCAGAGGAGAUCAAAACGAAACGCCCCCAAAGUCCAAGCCCGCUGAGACUAACCAAGAUCAUUCUUUCUUGUGGUCAGGAGCAUCAUUUAACUUAAGCCCAGGACUGCAAAGGAUUUUAGAUAAAGUGCCUAGUCCUCUAGAAAAGGAAAGGCCCAAAUUAACACACACAAACCUGCCUUGCCUUGAAGGAAACAGCACAGAGUUAAGUGAGAGACAGGAAAUGAAUUUUAAUUUGGAGGCAGUUCAGAGAAAUUUACUUUUCCUCAGUAGUGAAGGCAAAAGCAGGCUUGAGGGGCGAGGGAGCACUGACAGGCAGCGAGGAGCCUCAUCUCCCUCGCCUUGUACAGGAAAUGCCGCAGCUGGUGACGAUGCCCUCAUCCCUCCCACGCCUGCUUUUGCUUCUGCUUCUAAGCUGGCAUUUCCAGAUACUCUGGAAACAUCUGGAAAAUGUCAGAAAGCCAGCAAUGUUUUACAGUGGGGUGAACCUUGUUUAUUUGGCUCCCCUUCAGCUGUUGAGAACCAUAAUUUAAGUGAAGAGCAGAGAGACAACCUGAAAGACAACAGUUCUAUUGGAGACACAAGUUUUUUUCUGCAGUCGUCUCAGGAUGAACUGCAGUUAACUCCAGCCUCAAGCAGCUCAGAGAGUUUGGCUAUAAUUGAUGUAGCGAGUGACCAGACUCUCUUUCAAACCUUUGUGAAGGAGUGGGGAUGCCAAAAGUGUUUUUCUAUCUCUCUGGCUUGUGAAAAGACUAGAAGUUCAACGUCUUCCAAGGCUGUUACCAUAGGUGGAAAGUUGAAGCAAGUUAGCUUACUGCAGGAAACCCCCGUUGAAGCUGAUGGAUUUCCUAUGCACGGCUCUGAUGGCAUUGUGGUAGUCGGACUAGCAGUGUGCUGGGGUGGAAAAGAUGCCUUUUAUUUGUCAUUGCAGAAGGAACAAAAGCAAUCUGAUAUCAGUCCCAGUUUGGCCCCACCACCUCUGGAUGCAGCACUGACUGUGAAGGAAAGGAUGGAGCACCUUCAAUCCUGCUUGCAAAAGACAUCUGACAGAGAGCGGUCUGUUGUCACCUAUGACUUCAUCCAGAGCUAUAAAGUCCUCCUCCUGUCGUGUGGCAUCUCCCUGGAGCCCAGUUAUGAAGACCCUAAGGUGGCAUGCUGGCUCCUUGACCCAGACUCGAAGGAGCCAACUCUUCAUAGUAUAGUGACCAGUUUUCUCCCCCAAGAGCUCCCGCUUCUGGAAGGAAUAGAGGCAGGCCAAGGAAUUCAGGGCCUGGGGCUGAACGCGAACACCGAGCAUUCUGGGCGGUACCGAGCAUCUGUGGAGGCCAUUCUCACCUUCAACUCCAUGAAUCAACUCAGGUCUUCAUUGAAGAAGGAAAACCUUCUCGACAUUUUCCGCAAAGUGGAGAUGCCCUCUCAGUACUGCCUGGCUUUGCUAGAACUAAAUGGGAUCGGCUUUAGUACUGUGGAGUGCGAGAGUCAGAAGCAUAUUAUGCAAGCCAAGCUGGACGCCAUCGAGACUCAGGCCUACCAGCUAGCUGGCCACAGCUUCUCCUUUACAAGUGCAGAUGACAUCGCACAGGUUUUAUUUUUGGAACUAAAGCUACCCUCGAAUGGAGAAAUGAAAAUGCAAGGCAGCAAAAAAACCUUGGGUUCUACCAGAAGAGGGAAUGAGAGUGACCACAAACUACGGCUGGGAAGACGGCUCAGCACUAGUAAGGACGUUUUAAAUAAACUAAAGGCCUUGCAUCCCUUACCAGGCCUGAUACUGGAAUGGAGAAGAAUCAGUAAUGCUAUUACCAAAGUGGUCUUCCCCCUGCAGCGGGAAAAGCGCCUGAACCCCUUUCUCAGAAUGGAAAGGAUCUACCCUGUAUCACAGUCACACACGGCUACGGGACGGAUAAGCUUUACAGAGCCUAAUAUCCAGAAUGUGCCAAGAGAUUUUGAGAUUAAAAUGCCAACACUAGUAAGGGAAAGCCCACCUUCUCAAGCCCCAGGCAGAGGCCUGCUUCCAGGGACCAGAGGACAAAAUAAGAAGGUUCGUGGCCUGUACCCUGGGCACCGGACACUGAUGGAGAAGGCCUCGGACAGAGGGGUACCAUUUUCCGUGAGCAUGCGCCACGCUUUUGUGCCUUUCCCAGGUGGGGUAAUACUGGCUGCUGACUACUCUCAGCUUGAACUGAGGAUCCUGGCUCACUUAGCUCACGAUUGUCGACUCAUCCAAGUCUUAAACAGCGGGGCAGAUGUGUUCAGGAGCAUCGCCGCUGAGUGGAAGAUGAUUGAGCCUGAUUCUGUUGGCGAUGAGCUGAGGCAACAAGCAAAGCAGAUUUGCUAUGGAAUUAUAUAUGGCAUGGGAGCGAAAUCUUUAGGAGAGCAGAUGGGCAUUAAAGAAAACGAUGCUGCUUGCUAUAUUGACUCUUUCAAGUCCAGAUACACAGGGAUUAAUCAUUUCAUGAGGGACACAGUGAAGAACUGUAGAAGAGAUGGAUUUGUUCAGACCAUUUUGGGAAGACGUCGAUACUUGCCAGGAAUCAAAGACAACAAUCCUUAUCACAAAGCUCAUGCUGAACGUCAGGCCAUCAACACACGAGUCCAAGGGUCAGCUGCUGAUAUAGUCAAAAUAGCCACAGUUAACAUUCAGAAGCAAUUGGAGACCUUCCACUCAACCUUCAAAUCUCACGGUCACCGGGAAAGUAUGCUCCAGAAUGACCGAGCAGGAUUGUUGCCAAAGAGAAAACUUAAAGGGAUGUUUUGUCCUAUGAGAGGAGGGUUCUUCGUCCUUCAGCUUCAUGACGAGCUUUUGUAUGAAGUGGCUGAAGAGGAUGUUGUUCAGGUAGCUCAGAUUGUCAAGAAUGAAAUGGAGUGUGCUAUGAAACUUUCUGUGAAGCUGAAAGUGAAAGUGAAAAUAGGUACCAGCUGGGGAGAGCUGAGGGACUUUGAUGUCUGACGUGCAGUUACCCAGGUCUGCAGACCCGCCUGGUGCAGACACAGUCUUUAGAAAGCACAGAGACUGCACCCUCCCCUGCUCCAUGAGCACCAGCUCUCAGGUUCUGAUGCACG